CCCUCAUACGCUCAUAAUUGAUAUACCUUAGGCCGGAUCUGGCGACAUCAAUAAAAUGCACCAAUGAGAACGGCGUAUUUUUAACAGUUGGAAACGUUGAAAAUUCAAAACAAUCCGAAACGGGCUGCCGUUGACUUAAAGUCGUUGUAAGUCAACGAACCUUCGUUAUACAAGUGAUUUAUUUAAUACAUUAUACACAUCGCAAUAAAUAUUUAGCUUCUACAUUAUAUCGAAGGAUGGCUCCUGCUAAAUCUGUAAAGCCCGUCACAGAAAUAUUCAUAACCAAAAAUCGCACGACAAGACUUGCCAGCAAGCCACUGUCGGUAGUAAAUGGUAACCAACCGCGGGUGAAACGAAAGGCGGAUGCCUCACCGGUCAAGGAUACGAUUGCCACCAAGCGUUCAGCAUUAGGCGACGUUACGAAUCAGAAGAAAACCCUCGUGCACAUCAACAAAGCGAAGCAAACUAUCACUAAUGUUCCUAAGAAGGUCACAGUGAAGAGUACUGUCCUACCAUCUGUUAAAACAGUUGUUAAACCGAAACAGAACGAGAAUGCAGCUCCCCCGAAUGCGCCCGCACAGAAAGUACAAACGCGUGCAUCCCUGAGAAAUUCGGAUGUAAAUAGCACAGCUUUAAAACCCAAAGAAACUUCGAAGGAUCCAAGAGUCAAAACUAGACUUAGUAAUGAGUUCGAGAAGUCCGAGGUGUCGCUUUAUUCCAGUGCUUUGGAAGAAAUAAAUGACUCGACUCGACUUAGCUCUGGACCACCAGUGACCCGAUCACAAACUUCACAAGUUAGCAAAAGUGCAAACGUAACUCUGGUUGCGCUACAAUUGGAAACUCAGCUCAAUCUCGGUAACCAUGAAGUUCCCGAUGGCGUCACGGAUUUCGACAAGGAGAAUUGGAACGAUGUCUUCCAAGCUUCUCACUACACCAUGGAUAUAUUUAAUUACUUAAAAUCGCGAGAGCCAUUAUACACAGUUAGAGACUAUAUGGAUAGUCAGAGCUGUCUAACGCGUUGGAUGCGUUCGUUAUUAGUCGAUUGGAUGGUAGAAGUGCAGGAAAGUUUCGAAUUGAACCACGAAACUUUAUACUUGGGUGUGAAAUUGGUAGAUUAUUAUUUAAGUAAGGUGAUCAUUAGCAAAGAAAUCCUACAACUCGUCGGUGCUGCCAGUAUGCUCAUCGCGAGUAAAUAUGACGAACGAAUUCCCCCACUUAUUGACGACUUCUUGUACAUUUGCGACGGAGCUUACACACACAAGGAAUUAGUUAGAAUGGAGAUUAACAUCUUAAAAGUCUCCGACAUUAACCUAGGCUUCCCUCUCAGUUAUAGGUUUUUAAGGCGUUAUGCAAGGUGUUUAAAAAUUUCAAUGCCAGUUUUGACUUUAGCUAGAUUUAUAUUGGAGUACUCGCUAAUGGACUAUGGUACAAUUUUUACACCGGAUUCGAAAUUGGCCUCGGCAUCCUUAUACCUUGCACUUAAAAUGAAACAACUUCAACCUUGGAAUAAGGCGCUUGAAUUCUAUUCCGGAUAUAAACUGGAACAAAUUAUGAGUACAGUUCACCUGUUAAACACAGGACUUCAUCGAAAACCAAGAGAACAGCUAAUGACCAUACGAAAUAAGUACAGUCAUAAAAUCUUCUUUGAAGUCGCGAAGACACCAUUAAUCAAAAAUGAAGAUCUAUUUUAGAUGCUGUAGUAUUUUACUAGUUUUUAUGACUAAUGCGUUUUAUGCAUUGUAUCGAUUUUGUGUUUUUAGUUUAGAUUUUAUUGUUUAUAUAAUGAGAAAAAAAACUUGUGCAAAGCAGGAUUAUCGAAAUAGCACCUUAAAAAGACGAUUGUCUAUUUUAUACCAAAACCAUAAUUACCAACCACAUAUCAAAUAUGUUUCUAUACUUCUGCUUUUAAUAUUUAGUAUACAGAGAUUAUAAAAAUAUACCACUUCCGCUCAAGUGUAACUUAAUUUUAAAAGCAUGUACAUAUUUACUUUGAAGGCACACACACGAAGCUGAUUCAACUGCCAUUUUAUUUUUAAGAUACUUUUCAGGUACUUUGGUUUUAUGUUUUCUGUUUUUAAUUUAAUAAAAAUAAAUUUAAUAAAUGUU